AUGGGAGCUCGCGCGUUGUUGAUAAUUGACAUCCAAAACGAUUUUCUCCCACCUGAUGGGUCUUUAGCCGUGCAAGAUGGGGAUGCCAUCAUUGAUCCCGUGAUCAAGCUUCUCAACGAGAAGAAAUGGGACUGUGUUGCCAUGACCAAAGACUGGCACCCUUCGGACCACAUAUCGUUCGCUAAAAACCAUGGUUUGCCAGACUACAGCGCAUUCACAUACGAAUCGCCUGUGCCAGGCAGUACGGAGAAACAAGAGGCAACCCUCUGGCCGGUACAUUGUGUGCAGGAAAGUUGGGGUUCUGAAGUCCCAGAAAGGCUAAUGAAGGAGCUACAAAAGCAGGAAGUCCCCCAUACCGUUGUAAACAAAGGAUUUCUAGCAGAUCGCGAGUACUAUUCUGGAUUUAACGACAUUUGGAAUGACCACCGCACGGAAUUAGACGAUUUCUUGAAAAAGAAUAACGUUUCAGAAGUGUACUUGGUAGGCUUAGCUUUGGACUUUUGUGUUAUGAACACUGCUAUAAGUGCCGCAAAAUUAGGUUACAAGACUACUAUCCUCAAGGACUACACACGAGCCAUUAAAAACGAUCCCAAAUCAGUAGAAACAUUGAUCAAAGAUCUACAUUCCCGUUUCAACAUACAAAUCGAGUAG